AGCUGAAGCUGAAGCCCUCAAAAAAAAAAGUAGCAAGCUGAAGAGUACUCUACCCACGUCAAAAUUCCCUCUUCAAACUCAAAAAUCUUCUUUUUCCCUCUUCUCAUCAUACCGCUCUACUCAGCUAUGGUUUACAUCUUCUUCAUCAAUGGCUGCCGAUGGUACUGUUGCACUCGCAGUGAGGCAGAAGGUGCAAGAUUUUCUAAAUGCUGCCAUUACUGGAAAUCUGGAUUACUUGAAGAAAAUGGCGGAACAAUUGGAUGACGGGGAAGGGUUAUCGAAGACAGUGAGCAGUGUUAAGGAUGCCAAUGAUCGAACCGCCCUUCAUUUCGCGGCCCGAGAAGGGCAAACUGAAGUUUGCAAGUACUUGUUGGAGGAAAUGAAGCAUGAUGUUAAUGUGAAAGAUGCUGAUGGAGAGACUCCUUUGAUUCAUGCUGCCAGACAAGGACAUACUACUACUGUCAGUUAUCUUCUUGAGCAUGGUGCAGAUCCUGCAAUUUCUAGUGAUUUAGGGGCUACAGCUUUACAUCAUGCUGCUGGAGUAGGAAAUAUUGAAUUGAUAAAGUUACUACUUUCAAAGGGUGCUGCUAUUGAUUCGCAAAGUGAUUCUGGCACUCCUUUGAUUUGGGCUGCUGGGCAUGUACAGGAAAAUGCUGUAGAGGUUCUGUUAGAGAACCAUGCUAAUCCAAAUUGUAAAACUGAUGAAGGUAUAACGCCCUUGUUGUCAGCUGUGGCGGCUGGUGCACUGGCAUGCCUAGAACAAUUAAUUCAGGCAGGUGCAAAUGUCAAUAUCUUUGCAGGUGGCACAACGCCAUUACAUAUUGCUGCCGAUAAUGGCAGUACAGAUCUUGUCAAUUGCUUGUUGAAAGCUGGGGCUGAUCCAAAUGCUACAGAUGAGGAUGGCCAGAAGGCAGUAGAGGUUGCUGCUACAAGAGGGAAUAGAGGUGCAGUUGAGAUACUACUUCCCUUGACCACACCAGUUCCAUCUGUUCCUGACUGGACUAUUGAUGGAAUAAUCCAAUAUAUGCAGUCUGAAACUCAAAAACAAGAGGAGCUCGCGAGAAACAUAAAAGAAGUUAACCUUACAGACUUACCAAGACAAGAUCUGCCGGAGGUGACACCUGAGGCAAAGCAGAAAGCUGCAGAAGCAAAGUCAAGAGGACAUGAUGCUUUCAAGAGGAAAGAUUAUGCAUUAGCUAUAGAUGCAUACACUCAGGCUAUUGAUCUAGACCCUACUGAUGCAACAUUGUUCUCUAAUAGAAGUCUCUGUUGGAUUUAUCUGGGUCAAGCUGAGCAAGCGCUUUCCGACGCUAAGACUUGCAGAUCACUAAGACCAAACUGGGCCAAGGCUUGCUACCGUGAGGGUGCAGCACUACGUCUGUUGCUGAGGUUUGAGGAAGCAGCCAAUGCAUUUUACGAUGGUGUGCAGCUUGACCCCGAAAAUAGGGAGCUAGUUACUGCUUUUAGGGAGGCAAUUGAGGCUGGCAGGAAAUUUCACGCAAAAGAUCAAGCAAAAUAAGAGGGCAUUUCAGCAUCCUGAACAAGGAAAUAGUUUGAGAGAGUUUACAGAUGGAGUUUUGUGUAGCUACCACCAUUUUGCUCAUAGGGAGAGAAACUUUGUCAAAGAUUCAAUAUUUUUCUAUAUAUGUGCAAUAGUUUCUCUUGUUCAGCUUCUCCCAUCCUGAUCUGUUCUAUAAGCUUUUUUGCAUUUCUUUCUUCUUUUUGGCUGAAUUUUGCAUAUUUAGGAAAAUGGUUUGGAGCUCAUUGAAGACACGGAUUUUUCAAUUGAAAAGUUCAUUAGUAAUGUGAGUGAUCACCAAAAACCAAGAUUCUUUCCAAGGCUGUAGGAGCAAUGUAGUAAUACACUGUCAACUAGAAUUGCCUAGGAAUUUCGAAGCAAUGAACAAUGAACAUUCAGCCUUUGGAAUAUUAUUUCCUAUUAUAAUUAUAUUUGUCUAUAGUGGCAAAGCCUGAUUUCAUUUA